CUUCAGUCUGAAGACGAGUUAAGAGGCUGUGUGAGACUGUGAGGUGGGUCUGGUCUGUCUUUAGAUACGCACCACAACAGCCAUACGCACGGACAUAGUUACUGAGCAUGGAGCCUGCAUUAGUACUUGGCGGCGGCGGCUCUUUCCCCCACAUCCCGUCCCUCGCUAUCCGCUCAACGUCAUCACCUCCAUUUUUGGGUUUCACCUUAGGCUCACGCAUCCAGUGGUCAAUAUCUCUCGUCCGCAAUCCCAUACAACAAAAAUCCCACACCCGUUUGGCCCUAGCUCGCGCUGCUGAGAGAGACCAUAGCGUAACCGAGCCUCCGGCAAAGGCGCUUCGACGUAUUCUCGACUUGCCUGGUGUUCACCAGGGCCCUGCUUGUUUUGAUGCUCUCAGUGCAAAGCUUGUGGAGAAGGCCGGAUUUCAAUAUUGCUUCAGCAGUGGAUUUUCAAUAUCGGCUGCUAGAUUGGGAUUACCAGAUGUGGGUUUAAUAUCCUAUGGAGAGAUGUUAGAUCAGGGGCAACAAAUUACCCAAGCUGUCUCGAUUCCUGUCAUUGGGGAUGGUGAUAAUGGAUACGGGAAUGCAAUGAAUGUCAAGAGAACAGUAAAGGGAUAUAUUAGUGCAGGUUUUGCGGGGAUCAUUCUUGAAGAUCAGGUGUCUCCAAAAGCUUGUGGUCAUACACAAGGCAGAAAAGUGGUGCCCAGAGAGGAGGCCAUAAUGAAGAUAAAGGCUGCUAUUGAUGCUCGGAAGGAGAGUGGCUCCGACAUUGUUAUUGUGGCAAGAACCGAUUCUCGCCAAGCAGUAUCUUUGGACGAAUCACUCUGGAGGUGUAGGGCCUUUGCUGAUGCUGGAGCAGACGUUCUUUUUAUUGAUGCACUAGCUUCAAAAGAAGAGAUGAAGGCUUUCUGUGAAAUUUCUCCCCUAGUUCCAAAAAUGGCCAAUAUGCUUGAAGGAGGGGGCAAAACACCAAUACUUAAUCCUCUUGAACUUGAGGAUAUUGGAUAUAAACUUGUGAGCUAUCCACUUUCCUUGAUUGGGGCAUCCAUUCAAGCAAUGCAGGAUUCAUUGGCUGCCCUUAGAGGAGGUCGUAUUCCUCCUCCGAGAAGCAUGCCUUCUUUUGAGGAAAUAAAGGAAAUCUUAGGUUUCAACACUUACUACAAAGAAGAGCAGCACUAUGCUACCAGUACUAAUCAGCUGUCUUCACAGAGAGUCAGCAGUAGCAGAUACUCUAUGCAAAAUAGUGCACAAGAUGAUACAAAGCAGAGAGGUCGAAGUCCUGAUGAUCCCAUUGUUGAAGUGAUAACUCCUUAUGUGUACAAUAACGAUGGUGCAGAUGGUUCAAGGGAUCCUUUUUCGCAGAUCUGGUCACGGACAUUGAGAAUCAAAAUAACUGGAAGAGAUGGAUUUGAGAGGCUCGAUGUUAGGAUCCCUGCUGGAUUCUUGGAAGGAAUCACAAAUAUUGUACCAGCAUUGGGGGGUGUAAAUAUCAAAGCAUUGUUGGAUGAUGCAGCAGAUGAAGUAGGUGGGAAGCAGUUAUUAGAUUUUAUUGACACAAUGGGCGACAGGAUUCAAGUUUUUCUGGAGUAGCUUUUCCACUGUUGACUUCCAGAGUUUUCAUGGAAAUUGGAUAAUCAAUCAUAAUCAGGAGGUUUCAAACUGGAGCCUACGACUAAAUGGAUACGUAAAAGCAUGGCCAAGGCCUUCUAUGGAGUUCGUUAAAGCUUGAAUCCAAUUCCUGUGAAUUCUGGUUUCUUGUCCACAUCAAUCACUUUUAACUCUUUGUCC